UGCGAGCGGCGUCACUCUCAGGAGAAGGACGAGGAGGAGGAGAAUAAGGAGGAGAAGGAGGAUCGGGUGAAAGUGGAGCUGUCAGAAGAACGCUGGGCUUCGUGAGCUUGGACUCUUUAAGACGGCUCCAUCCCGAGUCCCGACUCACAAGAACGAGCGGUCCACAGAGGCGACACGCACGGGACGAGGAUGUAGCGCGCCUGAAAACAAGCAACAAAUAAAACAUAGUAAUAAUAAUCACCGGGACUGCUUCUGGAUUCAAUGUAUUUGCACUCCUUCACCAGUGAUGAGGUGGAUCCUGUUGUGGAUUCUAACAGCAGCCGGGAUUCAACAGGCCUUCUCCCAGAAUUCCACUGCCAUGCCGGCCACCACAUCCUUCACACCCACAGAUGUGGACCCGUAUAACCGGACACGGUACUGUAAAUGGCCAUGUGAGUGUCCCGAAGUCACCCCUGUUUGUCCCCCGGGCGUGAGCCUCCUCAUGGACGGCUGUGACUGCUGCAAGAGCUGCGCCCAGCAGGUGGGCGAGAUCUGUAAUGAAGCAGACGUAUGCGACUACCACAAGGGACUUUACUGUGACUACAGUUCGGACAUGCCUAGGUACGAAAAAGGAGUGUGCGCAUACAUGGUGGGAACCGGCUGUGAGCACAAUGGUGUGAUCUACCUUAACGGCCAGAGCUUCAAGCCCAGCUGUAAAUACCAGUGCGUGUGUGUGGACGGCGCCAUCGGCUGCGUGGCGCUGUGCACAGAGUCCCAGCCGCCCCGAGUCUGGUGCCAAACUCCACGUCGAGUCAAAGUCCGAGGUCAAUGCUGUGAGCAAUGGAUCUGCGAUGAGCCCAAAAAAGGACGCAGGACGACCCUUCGACAUGCAGUAGAGGUUUUUCCAGCUGAGUCCAGGAAGUGGCAUAAGAACUGCAUUUCGCAGACAACCUCAUGGAGCCCCUGUUCAAAGACAUGUGGCCGAGGCGUGUCCUUGAGGAUCUCCAAUGACAAUGAUCAAUGUGAGAUGGUCAAAGAGUCUCGCCUCUGUAAUCUGCGGCCCUGUGAGGUCGACAUCACCAAACAUAUCAAGCCAGGAAAGAAGUGUAUGAACAUCUACAGGGAAGAACAGCCCUCAAACUUCACCAUCUCUGGAUGCAUCAGCAAGAAGCCGUACAGACCCAAGUACUGUGGCGUUUGCACAGAUGAGCGGUGCUGCAUGCCGUACAAGUCCAAAACCAUCGACGUAGAAUUUGAGUGUCCCAAUGGGAUGGGAUUUACCUGGAAGAUGAUGUGGGUGCAAGCCUGUUUCUGCAACCUGAGCUGCAAAAACCCCAAUGACAUCUUCGCUGAGCUGGAGAGUUACUACGAAACCCAGAAAUCAUGAACUGAAAGGAUUCAAUCAUUGGUUGCCUGAAAUUGAACUGGCAUUCUGAAAGUUACCUUUUUUGGUAGAUUCUUUAUGCAGUGGAAUGCAUUUUUUAAAAUGUAUGAUUGCACGGAAGGGAUUUUCCUACAUUUUUCUUCUUUUCCUAUUGGAAAAAAAAAAAAAAUCUGUAAAUAUGAAGGUGUUUCCAGAAUGGAUUCAUAAAACAGUGUGUUUUGGAGAACAUCAAGAACUAGUUUGCAAAUGAAAAUACUCAGCCAAAAAGUGUAUAAACAUUGAAAGCUGUAUUUAUUUAUAGAGCUUUGGCGCAUAUAUAUAUAUAUAUAUAUAAAAUAGAGAAAACUAAGACCUUUUCUAUCAUUAAAUACAUUUACUUUUAUAAAUUUCUUUAUGAUCAAACGCAGACAUUGUGUCAAACAUGACCUUAUGUUUGAGAUCAUUGAGUGACAUUAAAAACUGAAGUGACA